GCAUCUUCUCAGUUCCACUCAGCUGAGCUCCCAUCUCCUCUCAACAUGUCCUCCAGCUGCUGCUCUGGAAACUUCUCCUCCCGCUCCCUUGGGGGCUCCCUGCGCUUCCCAAGCUCCUGUGGCUCUUCCUACCCCAGCAACCUGCUCUACAGCACUGACCUGUGCUAUCCCAGCACCUGCCAGCUGGGCUCCUCUCUCUACAGGGGCAGUCAGGAGACCUGCUGUGAGCCCACCAGCUGCCAGACGUCCUGUGUGGUGUCCAGCCCCUGCCAGCCUUCCUGCUAUGGCCAGAGGACAUCCACACUCUGCAGGCCCUGCCAGAGGACCUAUGCUGGAUCUGGGUCCAGCAGCUGCCACUCCCUGGGCUAUGGAUCUAGAAGCUGCUACUCCCUGGGCUGUGGAUCCAGUAGCUUCAGAUCCCUGAAUUAUGGUGUCUCUGGCUUCCCUUUUCUGGGUUACAGAUCCAGUUUCUGCAACCCAAUUUCUUUUCUUUCUAGAAGCUACCAGUCUUCUUGUUACAGACCAGCCUGUGGAUCUGGCGUCUAUAGAUUCACUUGCUAA